AAGCAGGGAAUGACCCUGAGGAAAGUUUCUGCUUGGAGAAUCAGCUCAGGUGCUGCAGCAGCAGAGGCAAGAAGGACCUUCAAAGGGAGCAACUGCAGGAAAGGAUGAGAUUCAGCUCCACAGCCAGAUGGGAAGGGUGGAGAGAACCACCAGAACCAAAGCUCAGGAGGUUGCAGGCAGAGCUGCUGGAGGAAAGGGCUGGGUGGAAGAGAAGGAAGCCCUGCCCCAGCACUCACCACCUCCAGCACUAGAGGACUCAAAGUGUAAUAGGAGGGAAGGAACCCACAGCACAGAGCAUACAGAAUCCAAGGCGGGUGAGUCACCAAUAACUGGUUCAAAGGAACACCUCAAGGAUCGUUGCAGUCAGCAAGAUGCUUUCCCAAAGGAGGAAGGAAGAGCUUCCUCUGUCCCUUACCCCAACAGCUGUCUCAGGAACAUCUGGCUCAGCAUGGACAAAUCGGAUCCCUCAGACUUAUCCGACUCCUGCGUGCAUGCCUGUACCAGUGCGUGCUUCGAGGGUGAUUACAUCUUCAAACAGGGAGCUGUGACCAGACCUGCACUUGGGAUGCAGACAGCAACACUGGAGACUGCUCCACCAAGACCACAAGACUUCGCUGCCUGUCCAAGUUCUCUCCAAGCAGACCGCGGAACUCCUCAGGGAAGGAUCCUGUCUCACUCAUGUGGAAAGCCUACCACAUACUGGGCUGUACAAUUGUCCUGCUGCAGAGAGCACACAGCGGGUGGGAGACGAGGGAUUCUGGGAAGAAUCUACUUUCAACCUUGUUCCACUCCUGAGAAACAGUCAGAAGGAGGAUUUAUUUCAAAUUCACUUCAGAAUACUGGCAGGGGACAGAGCCAGGAGCUCUCCUGCGCUCUGCCAAAGCCCUUCCAGUUUUCCAAGUAUUCAUUUACAGAAAACAGCCUUCUGGUGGUUACAGUGCUCCUCGUGAUUCAGCUUCUAGCUCCAGCAGAGGUUAACACAAAUGGAAAUGAAGUAAUACACUCAAAAAGAGUGCAAAUACCCGAACCCUUAGCAAUCUGUCAGGUGGACUGAUUUAACUCUAGGUAAUAAAGCAAUUUCUAUUGUGA